UGUGUGUGCGUGUGCCAUGGUGGUGCUUGAGCUAGUCUCACGUUGGGUUCCGCUGCGUAGGAAUAGGUUGUUAGCAGUGAUUCGUUGAGCUGGUCGUAAGUUCUGCGCGUUCGUGCGCGUAGCUAGCGGAUCGUGGGCGUUAGAGACGGGCUGGAUGGUGUGCGUGCAUCGGCUCGAGUAUAAAAUCCCAUGAUCCGCUGCUGGUCAGUUACAGGAGGCAUGGUGAGUCCACGUUUGUAGCCUGCAGUUGUGUGUUCAGCUAAAGCAAAUCAAGGGCGUUCGUUGCCCAGGCGUUCGUCGCCGAAAUCCGGUGUGUGCUCCUCUCUUCUUCAACCUUCGUUCGUGAGCGAGGGUGAGGAUUAGUCCCAACAAAAUGCCGCCCGUACAUCAUUCGGGACGUCGCCGUCAGCUUGCUCAAAGAUUCCAUCAAGUACAUUGAGAUGGAAGUUUGCCCACCGGUUGCGGUUGUUGCCCCUGGCGACCCUCCUGCGUCCUAUGCUAACUGGUUUUGUCAAAAGCCUCGUGAGUGGCAGUGCAGAAAGCCUUGUGUAAGCUGGAGAGCCACCACAUGGAUACUAUCGAUCUCAAACUUUACAUCUGCAAAGUGGAACAUUAACUGCACCUUCGAUAUUGCUGAUGUCACUGUCGACCCAAUGCAUUCUGAGCUGCUGCCCAGGCCGAGCAGCAUCAGCGACAAUCCCAGUAAAACAUCAUUACUGGAGUGCCUUGUCGUUGGUUUUCCCACCCUGAGCAUGGAUGAGGAUGCUGUCUACAUGCUGUCUAAGGGCUGCCCCAUCGGUGCGAUGGAAGUUGUGAUUGCUAUUGACAUGAAGAAGAAGAAGGUGCAAGGAGUUGGGAAGCUUGUUACCGGAAAAGACUUCACUUAUACACGUAACUGCACCAGUGAAGUCUCCAAAUAUCUUAGUGAAGAUAAGGCACAAGUGAAGCUUGAUGAACAGACAUAAAGGUAUAUGCAGGAAUUUGAUCAGUAGAAAGACGUCUGAGGAGCUGGUCCAGGUCGGAGGACUAUUGAAUGCAUGCGAAUAUCGAAAGUCCCCUUUGCUACUGAUGACUUUAUUGUGUUCUAUCGCUCCUGCACAAUCUUGGUUAUAUGUCUGCUCAAUGUAAUGAACUCUUGUGGUACUUGUACUCCCUCCGUCUCAAAAUAAGUGUCGUUGAUGUAGUAUAAAAUUUGUAUCAACUUAGUACAAAUUUUGCGACACUUAUUUUGGGACGGAGGGAGUAUAUUGUAAUGAACUCUUAUCAUAUCUUUUUCACUGUCGGCUAGAACCUUGGACUGUUUGGUUACCACUCUGACAUACUAGAGGAUAGUGUGUGGUGUUGCUUCGGGUUUGUUCUUAUGGAGUUGUCGAGAAUUUGUUCUA